CGCAGGACAGGCUUUGACAUUAAUUAGUUUCCCGCCAGAAUGCAACACCCACCUGGGCAGAGAGCAGUGGAGGCUGCCAGGCGCCAAUCUGCCAGGAAGAGGAGUCCAGCCAGGAGCAGGAACGAGGGCCACCUGGCCAGCAGAACCUAUCACCUGCCAGCCUUGUUGAUUAUCCUGCUCGUCCUCGUCCAGAACUUCGAGCUGCACAUGUGCCGGCAAUUGAUGAGGUACCCGGGCGACAAACGAUCCCCGGACAAGCUGCUCUCCAUCGGCGGCAGUGCAGCCGGGGAGGUGACAUCGCCGGGGGCGCAUCCCAAUCCGGCGGAUGGCAAGCGGGCGGACGGAAGGUCGGCGCCCAGCCAGCCGGAGGAGAUUUUCAGCGCCCCUGCCGACGAGGGCUACGACGAGUAUCCGAUGGUAGUCCCAAAGCGAGCAGCCUUACUGCUGGAUCGCCUUAUGGUCGCUUUACAUCACGCCCUCGAACAAGAGCGAAGUGAGCAAAGAAUCGGCGAAUUCUUCGGAGACAAGAACAUUCUGAAUGGUAAAUUUGGCGAAUAUCACAACGGAUUGGAGCCUCAUCAAGUGAGGGAGGAUGGGAUGUACAGCGACGAUGAUUCGGGAACAAUGUUGGAUUAUGAUUUCAAAGAUUUGAACCAGAUCAAUCGCGCCACUGGCGAAACAAAAAUUUCAGUUAAUGCCAAAGAGCUUUCAGAGAAGAGCGGGCGCAGAUCGAUCUGGAACCUCCGCCAAUUCCGGUUCCCCAUCUGGUCCCCGGCGUAUCCAACCAUCCGGAUCCGGCGGUGGCCGAGCGUACUGGCGUUGCUAUUUCAAUGCCGUCAGCUGUUUUUGAAAAACACCAAUAUACAGACCAUCAUAAUAUCCGCCUCUGGAGUGGGCUAAAUGCCGAAAAAAUGCCAAAUUCCAGCUGAUCAUCUUCAGAGAGGUGUUUGAAAAACCAGUUUCGAAUUUCUGCGGUUGCUGAUGUGAGAGUUAUUCGCGCCAUUAACUGAAAUCCCCAAGUUCUGUAAUUAUAUAUCUAGUGGUAUCUGUAUCUAGUAUCUGUAUCUGUAACUGUAUCUGUGCAUUUGUAACUCACUGUGAAUCUGCGUUAUAAAUAAACCCCCAACGAUAAGUCCAACGGCA